AUCAAAUGUUUGGAGGAUCUGCACCAAAACCGUCGAUUUUCGGAGGAACCGCUGCUACCACAACAGCCUCAUCUGGAUUUUCUUUCGGUAAUUCGAGCACAUCAACAGCGAACACAGGCGGAAACACGAAUACUACCGGAGGUUUUUCUUUUGGAUCCGCACAGCCGAGCACUGGAAGUACUGGACUUUUCGGAAACAGCACAGCUACUGGCUCAAUGUUUGGAGGCUCCUCUGCUGCAGCUCCAGCCCCAGCGUCUGCUGGAAUCUUUGGAAAUUCUGGUGCCGCGGCGCCAGCUCCCGCUUCAACGAGCAUUUUUGGAAGUUCUGCAAAUUCAGCAGCACCUGCUACAGUAACGUUUGGCGCAAGCGCACCAUCAGCUGGUGCUGGCAUGUUCGGAGCUAAUAAACCAGCUGCUCCAACUGGCGGCUUGUUCGGAUCAUCCACAAGUACCGCAACAACUGCACCAACUGGCGGGCUUUUCGGUAGCUCAACUGCUGCGCCAUCAAGUGGAUUAUUCGGAUCCACGGCCGCUCCAGCAGCACCAGGAGGACUAUUUGGAAGCACUUCCACCUCUACAGCGGCUCCAUCCGGCGGCUUAUUCGGAUCUUCAGCUGCUCCAACUUCCACAGCCCCAGCUCCUUCUGGUGGUUUGUUCGGGGCUGCACCAGCUACUAGCAAUGCUGCUCCAACCUCUGGAUUAUUCGGAAAUUCAGCACCUGCUGCGACAGCUUCAUCUGGUGGACUAUUCGGCGCAGCUCCAAAGCCUGCAGCUCCAUCGGGAGGUCUUUUUGGUUCUACCGCUCCUGCAACCACCGCUGCAACUACAACUGCCACAUCAGGAUUGUUCGGAGCACCAACAUCUGCUCCUUCGUCCGCUCCAGCCACUGGUGGUCUUUUCGGAGCCUCUACUGCUCCCGCCGCUGCUACUGGAGGUCUUUUCAGCAUUGGUGCUGCUUCAGCAUCCACUCCAUCUGUUGGAUUGUUCGGUAAUUCUAGUGCUUCUACAACCGCUGCGGCAGCCCCUGCCACCGCCCCAGCGGCAGCUUCAACUGGAGGAUUGUUCGGAGCCACCACCGCCGCAGCCGCAGCACCAACCUCAUCUACAACUGGGGGAUUAUUCGGAUCUACCGCCGCUGCUCCGGCCGCUUCACUUCCAACCGGAGGUCUCUUCGGAUCGUCAACUCCUGCUAAGACCCCAGCCGCACCAACAGCAGGACUCUUUGGAGCAUCAUCGACAACCACCACAUCAGCUCCAGCUACUGGAUCUUUGUUCGGAACAGCUCCAGCAACCACAACAGCUACUAGUGCAGCUCCAGCGGCUUCUACUGGAGGAUUGUUCGGUGCUUCAUCCACAACUACGCCUGCUUCUACAGCUCCGACUGGUGGAUUAUUCGGAGCAGCAACCACAACUGCUCCCGCCGCAGCAGCUCCGACUGGUGGCCUGUUCGGGGCUGCGACUACAACUGCACCAGCAACUGUAGGUCCGACCGGUGGAUUGUUUGGAGCAGCAACUACAACAACACCUGCUACUGCCGCUACAUUGGGACAAACUCCAUCUACAGUGUCAGCAACUCCAUCUCUUCCAACCACAACCAGCACUACUUCCACUCUUCCAAAGCCAGCAGAAGCUACUCCAACUCUUGGACUUGGCCUAGGGCUCACUUCAACACCAUUGGCUAAGGGAACUGGAUGGACAACAUCAGGACUUAAAGGAGCUGCAACUACAUCUGCAGGCCUGAAAAUUGGUGCAAGUGGAAGCGACACACUUUCUGAAGAAGAAAUCAAAGCAGGACUCGGUGGAAAUGAUACAAAAGCCUUCUUCACCGCCCUUCAAGAAGUUGUCAAUAGUUAUCAUUCGGAAAUUGCGAAGCAGGAACGAGUAUUCCAUAAUAAAAUGCUCGAGCUUAAUGCUUAUGACCGUGAGCUCAUUACACUCGAGCCAAAAGUUUUAGGAUUGUACAAUGAGAUGGAUGAUUUGAGUGGAAGCUGCAAGAAACUGCAUUUCAACGUCGCCUCCAUGACUUCUGUCUUGAACGAUAUUGAGCAAAAUGUUGUUGAGCUAGAGAACAAGCUGAGCCUUCCAGAAUGGCAUACUCUUGAUUACAAAUUCCCACUUGAUAGCAGAUUUGCGUCGAGACAUGAUGUUCAGAGAGUGCAAAUCGCUCAAAUGAUGCUCAACGUGGAUUCCCAAAUGAAAUGUGCGGACUUCGAUCUCGAUCAAAUCACCAAGUCACUUAACACAAUGCAAUCGACAGUUUUGAAGACGAAAACCGAGACCCCGCUGGAGAAAACUGAGCUUAUUAUGAAGAAGCAGCUGCAGAAGCUGAUGGAUCUCUCCACUCAACACGAUGCUACUCGUGAUAAGCUGAACAAGCUGAAGGAUGACCACAAUCUGAAAACGAACAACUCGUCGAAGGCCUAGAUUCUUACUUUUUAUUUAUAUAUUCAUUUUUUCUUUAAAUUGAAACUCUAAUUCUUUAAACCUAUACACUUUCACCUGUUUUCUUCAUGAUCACCACCAUCACACUAUUUAUUUUUUUUGUUAUUGUCUGUUUUGUUGUGUGUUUGGUUGAGUUUGUGAAUGAACUUGUUUU